UAUCCACCACAAGAAUACUGGGAAGGGCUUUGGGCAACGGGCGGCCGGCCUGCUGCAGAGAUGGGGCUCAAGCAGUGCGAGUGCACUCAAUUUAAGACUCUCGAUGCAGCUGAUCCACCUCCAACUGACCGGCACGAGCAUUAUCAUUACGUGCAGCAUGGACCCACCCAUCCACCGCAGUCCGAGGUUCGCCGCAACAGCAACAAGGGGCGGACGUUCCAGGCGCAAUGGUACGCUAAGCUGGAGUUCAGCCUCAACAAGAUGGUGGCUUCAAAGACGUACGUCCCUGUCGCUCAAGGACGUAUCUCCAGGCGAAGAAUUUCAACACCACAAAUGCUGAGGCAGUCCAGGGGCGGACUGGCGGUGCUAGGGCCCCUCCGGGAAUGAGUCUGAAGGGCCCCACUAUCACCGUAUCAUAAACGAAACUUUCAAAUUCAGGAAAGUGCCUGUUUUCUCUUUAAAUGUAAUUUUGUUUCGAGUUUUAAGUGAUUUGAUAGAAUCGUGUAGGUAAAACGGCAAGGGGCGAUGCGAGAUGCAAGAAAUUUCUAAAAGGAAAUGGAAAAACCUCAAACUGCGAGCGAAGCGAGCUUCGCGCCCACGACGUUUUGGCUUGUCCCACGGAUUCUACUAAAAACGAAUAUAACUGUUCGAAAGUCAAUUAACU